AGAUGUAUAUAAAGCGAAGGAAUCUGCACGUAGCUUCACCACCAGGCACCACAACAUCUAAACAGAAAUACCUUUAAAAGAGAGAAUUGAAGAUGAGUGGCAUUCCUGAAAGAUGGAAGGUUCUAAGUGGGAGUGAUAACUGGAAAGAUCAACUGGAGCCUUUGGAUUCGGAUCUCCGCCGCUACCUCAUUCACUACGGAACCAUGGUUGCACCCGCAACCGAUUCUUUCAUUAACGAACCAGCUUCCAAAAAUGUGGGUUUAUCACGAUAUGCCAGGAGAAACCUCUUUCAAAAUACAGGACUUGUCAAGGGAAACCCUUUCAAAUAUGAAGUGACCAAAUACUUUUAUGCAUCAUCUGGAUUCACAAUCGGAGAUACAGGCUAUAAUGUGAGGCCAGCGCGAGCGGAUGCAGUGCUAAGGGAAUCAAACUGGAUUGGAUAUGUUGCUGUGGCCACGGAUGAAGGAAAAGUUGGUUUAGGACGAAGAGACGUUGUGGUUGUUUGGAGGGGAACAAUCCGACUUUCAGAGGCGAUUACUGAUAUCACAUUCACCUUUGUUAAUGCGCCAUUAAUCUUUGGCCAAAACUCUAAUCCUCUGGUGCAUAGGGGUUUUUACGAUAUGUAUACCAUUAGCAUUCAAGAUUCUCAACUCAAUGGAUUGAGUGCCAGAGAUCAGAUUCGUGAAGAAGUUGCAAGACUUGUUGAGUUAUACAAGGACGAGGAAGUUAGCAUAACCGUGACAGGACACAGCUUGGGUUCAUCCAUGGCAACACUAAACGCAAUAGACCUGGCUGCAAAUCCAAUCAACAAUAAUAAAGAUAUUCUUGUCACUGCUUUCUUGUAUGCAAGCCCCAAAGUAGGGGAUGAGAAUUUUAAAAAAGCCUUCUCUAAUCAACAAAACCUUCGAGCCUUGCGAAUCUCCGACGUCAAUGAUCCUGUUCCAACACUUCCGCCGCCUGCACCCAUAGAUGGUACCAUAGAGCCAUCAAUACCUUACGUAGAUGUGGGGAUGGGUUUGGUGAUUGAAUCUAAGAAAUCCCACUAUUUGAAGCUUGAGGUCCUCGGCUAUCACGACUUGAUGCUUUAUAUGCAUGGAAUUGAUGGAUACCAAGGGUCUCAAGGAGGGUUUGAGCGUCAGGGAGACUUUGAUCUUGCCAAAGUUAAUAGGUACCAGGAUAAUUUGAAAGACGAGUAUCUUAUACCGAUAGGAUGGUUUAACAUAAAGGAUAAAGGAAUGGUUCAGCAGGAGGACGGAAAUUAUAUCCUUGACGAUCAUGAAGUGGACGAGACAUUUUAAACAGAAACAGCUUUGUGCAUGCAUGUGUGUUUGAAUAAAGCUAAGCCUUUUCUAGCUUCAUGAAGACCUUUCUAUAAUUAUUCAGUGUGUUUUGAAUAAGAUUGGAGCUGAGACAACUAGCCGCUUGUGGCUAGCUGUCUAGUCCAAUGCAUGUGUGCGAGGUUUGAUAGCUAGCUUGUAUUUGAAUUAUUAUGUUUCAAUCAUCUCAGCUCUUCUCAGCAAUAUAUAUAAUAAUAAAAGACUUUAUCGAA